AUGGGUAACACCAAGAGUGGUGCUGUGUCCAAGGAGAUCCUGGAGGACCUUAAACUAAACACCAAGUUCUCAGAGACUGAGAUUGUCCAGUGGUAUGAAAACUUCAAGAAGCAGUGUCCAACAGGGCGCAUCUCGAAAGAGGAAUUUCAAAGCAUCUACAGCAAGUUUUUCCCUGACAGUGAUGCCCAAACUUAUGCCCAGCACGUCUUCCGCUCCUUUGACACAAACGACGAUGGUACACUGGACUUCAAGGAGUACAUUAUUGCUCUCCACAUGACUUCAACAGGAAAGACCAACAGGAAACUGGAAUGGGCUUUCUCGCUGUUUGAUGUGGACAAGAACGGGUACAUCACCAAGGCAGAAGUCAGGGAAAUCUGCUCGGCAAUUUUCAAGCUGAUUCCUAAAGAUGAGGUGUCCCAACUGCCGGAGGAUGAAAACACAGCCGAAAAGAGGGCAGAUAAACUCUGGACGUACUUUAACAAGGGCGAAAAUGAACGAGUGGCGGAAGGAGAGUUUAUCAAAGGAGUGAUGGAUAACGACGGUGCUCUUCGUUUGAUUCAGUAUCAACCUUUAAAGUAA